AUGUCGGACGGGCGAAUCAGUCUAGGAGUCAGAGCUAGGGAAGCAAUACUGCCUAACUUCAGCGCCUGGGUGGAUCGUAGAAGGGGAGGGCUCAGCUUCCACUUAAUGCAGAUCAUAACGGGACACGGCUGCUUCAACGAUUAUCUGAAGCGAAUAGGCAAGGUGGAGAGCAACCGCUGUGAGCAAUGUCGAGGAGGGACGGACACCGCACAGCACAACCUGCAGGAAUGCCCGGCCUGGUCAAGUCAGAGAGCGGCCCUAACUGGAAAAAUAGGCAAUGACCUGACUCUGUCCUCAGUAAUAGGAGCAAUGCUCAGGUCAGAAGAGGCAUGGCGCGCAGUGAACGCGUUUGCAACAGGUGUGAUGGAGCAAAAGGAAGAGGCAGAGAGACAGAGGGAGGAGUCGGACAGGUUGUUGUUGGCAAUGGAGGAUGAGGAACCGACAGCAACUCCUCCAGUUGCCUCUACCACCAAAGAAGGCUCACAGGACACCUUACAUGGAAGCUGA